GCGCCCGGGGCAGGCUCGCGACGGGCCUCCCUCCCUCCCUCUCUCUUCCCCCCCCCUUUCCCGCCGUUUCCAAGGAGACGCGAGUCCCUUCGCCUCAGCCGCCGCCGCCGCCAUUGCCGCCGCCAUGUCGGCCCAGGCCCAGAUGCGAGCGCUGCUCGACCAGCUGAUGGGCACAGCCCGGGACGGUUCAGUGUAUCUUUGCCUGCCUACAUCAAUCUGCAAGGGAGUUGCAGAAAAGCCUCAUGUUCAUCGAGCCGAGAUGAAACCAGACAAAGGGUGAAGUUUACAGAUGAACGCGUCUGCAAGAGCCACCUUCUGGACUGUUGCCCUCAUGAUAUUUUAGCAGGGACGCGUAUGGACCUUGGAGAGUGUACAAAGAUUCAUGAUUUGGCCCUGAGAGCAGAUUAUGAGAUUGCAAGUAAAGAGAAGGACCUGUUCUUUGAGCUGGAUGCAAUGGACCACUUGGAAUCUUUCAUUGCUGAGUGCGAUAGAAGAACAGAACUGGCUAAAAAACGACUUGCAGAAACCCAAGAGGAGAUCAGCGCUGAAGUGGCUGCAAAGGCAGAGAAAGUACACGAACUCAACGAAGACAUUGGGAAGCUUCUGGCUAAAGCUGAGCAGUUAGGAGCUGAAGGGAAUGUGGAUGAAUCCCAGAAGAUCCUGAUGGAAGUGGACAAAGUCCGUGCAAAGAAGAAAGAAGCGGAGGAGGAAUACCGAAAUUCUAUGCCGGCAUCCAGUUUCCAGCAACAGAAGCUGCGUGUUUGUGAGGUCUGUUCCGCAUACCUUGGUCUCCAUGACAACGACCGUCGCCUUGCUGAUCAUUUUGGGGGCAAAUUGCAUUUGGGCUUCAUUCAGAUCCGUGAGAAAUUGGACCAGUUGCGGAAAACCGUAGCUGAAAAACAGGAGAAGAGGAAUCAAGACCGGUUGAGAAGGAGAGAAGAAAGAGAGCGAGAAGAACGUGUGGGACAACGAUCUGGAUCAAGAAACCGAGAUCGUAGAAGAUCGCGAUCCCGAGAGCGGAGGCGCCGACGUUCCCGCUCCCUUUCCCGCGAGAAGCGAAAAUCCCGUUCCAAGUCUCGGGAACGGGAGAGGCACCGGCGCCACCGCAGCCGUUCCCGAAGUCAUAGUCGGGGUCACCGACGUGGAUCCAGAGACAGGAGCUCCAAGCAUAAAUCCUCUAGGGAUCGGUCUUCAAGAGAGAAGUCGCGGGACCGGGAGAAGAAAGAGAAGAGCUCGUCUGAACGGCGGCACGAGAGCACCAACGGCAAAUCUCGCUCCAAGAGGUCGGAGGAGAGGGAAGCCGGCGAGAUCUGAAUCCCCUUCUUGUACUGUAAAUAGUCUUGGAGAAGCAUUCUACACAGCCCCAAAUCUCUCAUUUAUAUUAACGGAAGACAGCACAUCCUUUUGUAGUUCUGAAUUUCUAUCGUUUCCGCAGCUAGCAAUGACAGUUCCCUGCCAUUGACCGAAACUUCUGUUUUUAUUAAGCCUAAAGAAACCCAGCAGCCAGGGGUCCAUCCAGAUUAAUACUUUUAAGCAGAACGCAGCUGCUGGGGAAGCAAUCCUAUCAGAAGGACUGCAAUCUGCUUUUAAAGGGGGGGGGAAUGUACCCUCGCCCUCUCAUUUUAAAGCAUCACUUGCAUUUCUGUUGCAAAGUUAAGUUGAUACCCGAUGUGAAAGAACCUCAGAAAUAGUGGUGCCUUUGGCCUCUUUUCUAAACCCCUUCAUUUGGGGAUUUCCACUCCUGUAUUUCAAACAUUCAGCCUCUCUGUAAACAAGUCAGCAGUUUAAUUGACAAUGCACCCUUGUUGUAAUUUGAGGACAAUUGCUCCCAACUGGAUAGGGUUUUGGUUUUUGGGGUUAUUUGUAUCUCUGUAGUCCGGUGAAGUUAUAACACAGCAUUCUAAUUUAAUUGAACCUUUAACUGGAUUAUUUUUUUGCCCAGUGCUCUGCUCUUUGGUGUAGUUUUCUCACAGCUUGCCUAUGUUUCAGCCUAUUCGCUUUCUGAAUUUGGUUCACGUGCCCUAAGUUGUCACUUAACAAGGAGAGCCUCAUCAAAGGCCCUGUUGAGAGGUGCCCCCCCCCCGGGUCAGAAAUGUGUUUGAGUGAACAAAUUGUGUAGUGCUACAAUUUAGGAACUGCACUUUUCUGUGAUAAAUUUAAGCUUUGGUUUGGAAGAAAUCGGUGAGAUAACGGACCAUAAUCAGCUAUCGCUGUGCUCUGCUUGAGAGUUACAACACUUGAAUUUUGACAAAUGACCACUGUAAGCAGAUAAGAGUUAACUGCAGUCACCCACCACCACGUCUGGUGAACUGGAGAAAACGUUUGUUCCAUUUCUGUAUUUCCUCCCCUUUGCCCCUGUUUUGGCUUCAUCCCUCCAAAAUUGCAGAGAUUAACGGGAUUCUCCUAAUCCUAAUGCACAAUUUAUUAGGAGUUUCUUUCCUCUUUCGCUGCCACUUUUUCUGAUGCAGCAACUUCACGCAUGGAUCUUCUUCAUGCGUACUAUAUCGACUGGAUAAGAGGAAGCAGCAAGCGGGGCCCCACCUCUCCCAGAGCCACAGAGAGAUGCAACUGGGACAGACCAUUCCCGGGAAUGUUUAAAUCUUAAAAUACACCCCUUCCCCCCCUCCACCUCGAAAGGUUGAUGGGUCCAGGAAAAGAAACCGGCCAGGCAAAUCACGUUAAAUGUACAAAGCAUUAGGAAUCCACCCACCCCCAGGAUUUUUAUCUUCGGUAUUUGAGCAGUUUGAUCUGUAACGGCACUUGCCCCCUCCUGCCCUCCCCCCUCCCCAUGUCUUUUGAGGAGUUUUGGUCUAAGUAACAAAGAUGUAAUUCAAGUGCUGUUGUCCUGCCAGUCUGAUUCACAUUAAAAGCUUACCUUUGUGGCUUGGCUUGGUCAGUGAUCUCUUGGAGGGUGGCAUCGAUGUUUAAAAUGCUUUGGAAAAACAAAAGCACAGAGUAAGAGAAAUGUGCUGAAGCACGCUCUGGGGCCAUACGAGUGUCUCUAGCCCAUAAGAUGCUCUCUUUGUAUUUUACGCAUUCCUGAAUGGUGAACACUCGGUAGAAGGCUGGCUCAGUAUUUCUGUUGUGUUCUAUAACAAGGACCAGCCAUUAAAAUGGGCUGUCGGUCUGCAGUACCGCCUAGAACAUCUGUGUCAGAGCUGCCCAUCCUUGGCGACUGUAAAACCCGUGGACUUCAACUCCCAGAAUUCCCCAGCCAGCAAUGCUGGCUGGCUGGGGAAUUCUGGGAGUUGAAAUCCACGGGUUUUACAGUCACCAAGGUUGGAAAUCCCUGAUCUAUAUAAAAGUGUUUUGAAAGUUGGAAGGAGAAAGCUACCACUUCAGCUGAAAAAUGUAAAAAAUUCCAGUUGUCUUGGUUCCUGCCUAAACACACAAACACACCUAACACAAGCUUUAUAUGCUUUUUGUUUGUUCGGAGGAUGAAUUAAUCAUUCCGCUUUGAUUAGAUUGGGAAGCAUCGUGGCAUGUUAAGUUUCCAUUAAAUUCUGUUUGAAGAGGAAUCCUUUCGUUUGUAUUGUUGCUCAUCAUGGGCAUUGUCCAGGUCUGCUAACUCUGUGCUGGUAGCUCUUGAUCUUUUGCCCCAGUAGUCAUCUCAUGAGUCCAUACUACGUAUUUACUAUAAGGCUCCUGAAAAUAACCAAUGCUCUGAAUCGAUUUGGGCAUAUUCAGAGCAGAUUGGUUCAUCUUGAUUUUGGUGAUGCAUUUUUUAUUUUUAUUUUUUUGGUCCAGAUAAGAUUGGGGCUGAUUUGGAUAUUCCAAAUAAACCAAAUCAAUUUUCUAAAUCGUUUUCACGUGAUGGGAUCUGACUGAUGUUUCAAAGGAGCUCAAGUUUUCAUCAGCUGCUGUUACUACGCAUUUGAUCAAUGGUUAAGGCACCAGUCCCCUCUAAAAUUACCAGAUAAGUUCAUACGGAAAUAAAAGCUGAAUGCUGGCUUUUAUUUUGUGUUUUAAACCACUGAGUCACUGUGAUUACAAAGUUCCAGAAACAGCAUAGUGUAACAUUGCCUUUAAACACUGAGAUAGUGUAAUAAAAAUUGGUGUACAUGUACUUACAAUAAGAAUCUCUAAUGUUCGUAGAGUUAUGUCAUCGGCUAUAAUCCUCUUGUUUAGUGCAAGAAUCUGUAUUCAACAUUCCUGGCAGGAUUCCUUUCUUCCUUCUCUCCCUCCUGCCCUCCCCAUCUCUCUCAAUUUCCUUCUUUCCUUCCUCCCUUUUCAUCUCUCAAUUUCCUUCCUUCCUUCCUUCCUUCCUUUUCUUCAGAGAAGGGGACUCAAGCCUUGCUUUGGAAAUAGCUCAUUAUUCGUUUGAGCCCCACUCUUUACAGAGAUGAUACAAAAAAUGUAGCUUUUGCUGUUGGAAAAUGCUUGUAUUUUUGAUAACUUUAUCCAGGAUUGUUUUUCUUUGGCUUAUAUUUUCACAAUUUCCCCCAUAAUCUGUUUGGUUGGUUGGAGCAGCAGAGAAGAGAAAAAGGUAUUUUAUUAAAAAAAAGAAGUAAGAAGGUAGAGAUGGGAUUGAGAGAGUUCGUUAACAUUUCUAAAGGCCUGGCAGGACUGUGUAUGAACACCUUUCCUUUUUUAAAAUCAUAUAAAUUCCAGCAUUGAGGAUUUGCAGUUAUGGAAAAGGCACAAGCUCUAGAGCUCAAAGGAGUUUAUAAUCUUUUAAGCUCAACUUUUUACAUUUGGCUACUGUGCAUUUUAUUCAUAUUCUGGCCAACUCUGUAUAGCAAAUAGCAGAUGUUCUAUCACUAGUGCCUGUAAGGGAAGACAAAUCUGGUCUAGAAUUGAUUCUGUUUCUUCUUAACAGCCUGACUGAUGGAGUAGUCGGAGGUGGGCUUUCAACCUUUCAGCUGAAUUUUGGUUCGUGUGUUACCUAUUCUCUGCUAUGUAACCAAUUCCCUGACAAGUCUGAAGAGUGAUUAAAAACCUUGUUGGGACUGCCA